CACCGCGCCGCCGCAGCAGCCGAGCGGAAGUGCGCGGCGGCUCCGGUGGCUUCGUCACUUCCUCUGUGCCUCAGGCGGUGCUCGAGCGGCUGGGUCCCGCCGAGAAAAGGAAGACGAGGACGGGGCGGGGGCCUUGGGGCCGCCGCCGCACGCCUGCCCGCCAGGAUGUCGUACAUGCUGCCGCACCUACACAACGGCUGGCAGGUAGACCAGGCCAUCCUGUCGGAGGAGGAUCGAGUGGUGGUCAUCCGCUUCGGGCACGACUGGGAUCCAACAUGCAUGAAAAUGGACGAAGUUUUGUACAGUAUUGCUGAGAAGGUAAAAAACUUUGCUGUUAUUUAUCUUGUGGAUAUCACUGAAGUACCAGACUUCAACAAGAUGUAUGAGUUGUACGAUCCCUGUACAGUCAUGUUUUUCUUCAGGAACAAACACAUCAUGAUUGAUUUAGGUACAGGUAAUAACAACAAGAUCAACUGGGCAAUGGAAGAUAAGCAAGAGAUGAUUGACAUUAUAGAAACUGUUUAUAGAGGAGCCCGCAAAGGUCGAGGUUUAGUGGUAUCACCAAAAGAUUAUUCUACUAAAUACAGAUACUGACAUUUUGUUGGGGCUGUGCUUUUUUUAUAACCCUUUCUCCACUUAAAUUUAUUUUUUGUAUGUGUGUACAUACAUAUGUAUAUUAAAAAAGAAAUAAACAAUCUUUCAAUGUUGA